AUGGGGCCACAGCUGCCCUCAGCCCCUCCUGCCCUCUGGGUCCUCGCUGGCUCCAUGCUGCUCCUUGGGGUGUGGGUACUGUGCACAGCCUGCCACAGGAAGCGGGUGUCGAGGCCGCAGGCAGGACUGCAGGGGGCUGAGAUGUUGGCCAACUCGUCACUAUUGAGACAGACCCACCUCUGCUCCCUCAGCAAGUCGGACACUAGGCUGCAUGAGCUACACAGGGGUCCUCAAGGCAGCCGAGCCCCUCGGCCUGCCAGCAUGGACCUCCUGCGACCACACUGGCUGGAGGGGUACAGGGGCACCCUCAGGCUGCCUGAAGUGCCCCCACCCUCUCCACACCAAGAGCCGCCCUGGCCCCUGCCUGUUGUCCCAGCUCCAGCCCCCUCUGGCCUGGAGACCACCUAUUCUAACGUGGGUCUGGCCGCGCUCCCCAGAGCCAGCCUGGCAGCCAGUCCUGAGGUCUGGUCAGGGGCCCAGCUGCACAGUGGCUGGGCCAUGCCUGGGCUGGGACCUGUGUUGGCUGAGUAUGCCUGCGUCCGGAAGCUCAAGGGGACAGACGAGUGCCCCCAAGAACAUCACAGAAAGACUGAGUUGAGCCCAGUCACCCAGGUGGACAGCCUGUACUCCAGGGUCAACAAGCCUAAAAAGAGGGACGCAGGGUCCACCACGGAGCAGCUGGAUUCCAAGGGUACAGGCUCUUCACAGGCCCACCUGCAGAGGAGCCCUGGUUUGGACCAUGACCCCCAGGAAAAUGUGUAUGAGAGCAUCCAGGAGCUGAGCCAUGAGCCCCGGAGUCUCCCAACCGGCUGUUAG